AUGGCCAAGAAACAGUCAAUAGAGGCACUUGAUACGAUGCUACGUGAUAUUACAGACCUUGAUAUUCUCUUUGGUGUAAAAGUAAUUGUAUUGGGUGGUGAUUUUAGACAAGUAUUGCCUGUCAUACCUAAAGGAAGCAAAGCUGAUUCCAUGAAUGCAAGUAUUGUGCGAUCUUAUAUAUGGCCACAACUUCAAAAAAUCAAGUUGAAUGUCACCAUGCGAGCCAAAACUGAUCCCUCAUUUAGUCGAUACCUUCUUCGAGUUGGCAAUGGCUUAGAACCACAAAAUACAGAGGGACAAAUUAGCAUUCCUGAACCACUUAUCCUCCAACCUAACUUAUCAAUGCAACCAUUGGAUCAAUUGAUUGACUUUGUCUUCCCAAACUUCAGCACCUAUCGAGCUGAUCCUUUAUCCUUCACAGACUCAGCCAUUCUAACUACUAAAAACCAAGCCGUGGAUGAGAUUAACGAUGCAACGUUAGCAAGAUUUCCAGGUGAACCCGCAGAAUAUAAGAGCUUUGAUGAAACCAAUGAUAGCAGUCAACAGGGUCUAUACAUAGACUUUUUAAAUUCCAUAUCACCCCAAGGAAUGCCACCACAUCAGCUCAUACUCAAAGAAAACUGCCCCAUCCCAAUGCUGCAAAACAUAAAUCCAUCAAAAGGACUGUGCAAUGGUACAAGGCUCAUAUGCAGAGAGUUCAAAAAAGUGAAAAACAUCUGA